AUGUCUGAUAAUAGAAAAGAAGAAUUAUUAAAGAAACGUCAAAAACUUGAAGAAUUACGUAGAGCACGAGAAGAAAGAAUUAAAAGCACACCUGCUAGUAAAAAAGAGGAUUUUAAUCAAUUUCUUGAUGAUAUACUCUCAGUAAAGUCUAAACCAACAACUGAACCAACUAAAGAUAUUACACCAAAUAUAACUGCGCCAUAUAUUAAUCCACCUGUUGUACAAAGUCCUUCGUUGGUUAAUCCUCGAUAUAUUCCAGGCUUUAAUACCACUGAAACAGUCCUUUUGGAUGUGCCUCCAAGGGAACUUGUUCUUUAUAAUAAAGAAGUGCAAACUGCAUCAACCUCAUUUGUACCAUCACCAUCUUCUGAAGAAGAAAUUCGUGAACAGGUUAAAAAAGAACAUGCAGAAAAAGAAAAGGCUAAACAGCUUGCUUUAGAGGAUGAGCGUAGAAGAGAAGAAGAAGAAAGAGAGAGACAACUAAAAUUAUUAGAAAGAAAAAUUAUUAUCAAUUCACCAGAAUUUAUGGAAUUUAUCGAUCAUACAUCUAGAGUUGUUGAGAGAGCAAUCAAUGAAUCAUAUGAUUAUAUAAAAGAGUAUACAAUUACCAACAAUUCAAAAGAUGAAAACAACAACCACAAUAAUGCUGGUGCAAAAGUCAAAUAUUUAUUUUCAUUUUUUGAUGAAAAAUGGAGUAAAAAUCGGUCUGUUGCUGAUGUUAAUUGGUCUCAUAAAAAUCCUGAAUUAUGUGUUGCAGCAUAUAACAAAAAUGCAUUUGCAGCUAAUGAACCGGAUGGUGUUGUGUUAGUGUGGAAUACACAUUUAGUUGAAAGGCCAGAAUUUGUUUUCCAUUCUCAGUCAGAUGUUCUUACAGCCAGAUUUUUAGAUUUCAAUCCAAGUUUGAUAAUCGGGGGUACAUACUCGGGUCAAAUAUUAAUUUGGGAUAUAAGAGCCAAAAGUUUACCGGUUCAGAAGACGCCACUUGGAUCUGUUGGACACACACAUCCUGUUUAUUCAUUGCAAAUUGCCGGUACACAAAAUGCUCAUAAUCUAAUAACCGCUAGUACUGAUGGUAUGGUGUGUUAUUGGCAAUUAGAUUCAUUGAAUAGGCCACAGGAAUUUUUGGAAUUGGUUCAUUCGAGUAAUAGUAAGACUGAUGAGGUAUCAGUGACAGCUCUCGGUUUUCCUGCCAAUGAAACUGCUGCUUUUUGGGUGGGAACCGAAGAAGGAAAUGUUUAUCAAGCCAAUAGAUACAGUCAUGCUGGAGGUAAACCGGGUAUAAAUCCACUUGAUUUUUAUAAUGGACAUUGGGGUCCAAUUACAGGACUUGAUUUCCAUCCAGUUGCUGGACCAAUUGACUUUUCAGAUUUAUUUUUAACAUCUUCAGUUGACUGGACUGUAAAAUUAUGGAAAUCAAAAUCAUCACCAAAGGCAUCUGUAGGAGUAAGAAAUAUAUCACCGUUGUUUUCAUUUGAAGGAGCAGAUGAUUAUGUUUAUGAUGUUAAAUGGUCGCCUACACAUCCAGCACUGUUUGGGUGUGUUGAUGGCAAAGGAAACUUUUCACUUUGGAAUAUAAACAGCGACAUCGAAGUACCAAUUCUAAAUACUCAUUGUAGUAACAGCGCAUUAAAUAAACUUCAGUGGGACAAAGAAGGCCGUAAAGUUGCAAUUGGAUCUUCGGAUGGAAGGGUGCAUCUUUAUGAUAUUGGAGAGAUCGGUAUACCAGGAGAUGAUGAUUGGACAGAUAUGCAAAAAAAUGUUUCAGAAUUAAUUGGAGAAAAUGAAGUUCUACCUAGAAAACAUAUUAUAACAAAAUAA